GCUUGUGGGCUUCGCGCCGCGUGCUCGGGAGGCUGCAGCACUCGGCUCCUGGCUGUGCGGCUGGCGAGAGCUCUUCAGGCCUUGCGGAGUGGGCGUGUGGCGCUGUUCUGAGUGGGACGAAGUUCUCAGCAAUGGCGAUGCCACUGACAAUGCUGCUUGACUGGUGCAGGUGGAUGGGUGUGAACGCACACCGUUCCCUGCUCAUCCUGGGCAUCCCUGAUGACUGCGGGGACCAGGAAUUCCAGGAGGCCGUGCACGCUGCCCUGUGGCCCCUGGGCAGGUACCGACUGCUGGGCAAAGUGUUCAGAAAGGAGCUUGGAUGCAAGGUCGCCUUGGUCGAGUUUCCUCAGUAUUUAAACCGAAGUUUGAUCCCUCGACAGAUACCAGGCGAAGGAGGACCCUGGCCUGUGGUCUUUCUGCCCCAGGCCCCUGAUUCAGAGUCACAGGAUAGACCAGAUUUCCCUGCACAGCCCCAGAGUCAAGCAGUGGCUUGCCAGGCAGGUGGCGCAGGAGCUGCAGGGGAGGAAGCUGCGAGUGAGGCAGGAGCUGCAGGGGAGGAAGCUUCGAGUGAGGCAGGACCUGCAGGGGAGGAAGUUGCAGGUGUGGCAGGACCUGCAGGGGAGGAAAGUGAGGCAGGAGCUGCAGGGGAGGCAGGAGCUGAAGAUGGAGGAGAGUCAGAUGAAGAAGAAGCUGCAGGGGAGGCAGGAGCUGCAGAUGAGGAAGAAGCUGAGAGUGAGGCAGGAGCUGCAGGGGAGGCAGGAGCUGAAGAUGGAGGAGAGUCAGAUGAAGAAGAAGCUGCAGGGGAGGCAGGAGCUGCAGAUGAGGAAGAAGCUGAGAGUGAGGCAGGAGCUGCAGGGGAGGCAGGAGCUGAAGAUGGAGGAGAGUCAGAUGAAGAAGAAGCUGCAGGGGAGGCAGGAGCUGCAGAUGAGGAAGAAGCUGAGAGUGAGGCAGGAGCUGCAGAGGAGGCAGGAGCAGAAGAUGAAGGAGGAGUGUCCCAUGAGGGAGCCGCAGGUGCAGCAGCAGCUGGAGGUGUGGCAGAAGUAGCAGGUGAGGAAGGAGCUGCCGGUGUGGCAGGAGUGGCAGGAGUUGCACGGGAGGCAGGAGCCCAAGAUGAAGGGGGGGUGUCCGAUGAGGAAGGAGCGGCAGGUGACACAGGAAUUGCUGGCAUGGCAGGAUCUGUGAGCAUGGCAGGAGCUGCUGGGGAGGCAGGCACUGCCGGGGAGGAAGGAGCUGUGGGGGUUUCAGGAGUCAUAGAUGCGGGAGGAUCCUGGACCCAGCAGUGGAACCAGGCCCAGCAGCUUGUGCUGGAAAAUAUAGCCUUUGGGGAAUUGAGAGCCUUUUCUGGGUUGGAAGAGCCAGACCAAGAGCAAGAGUCCUUUGAGAGUUGGCUGGACCAUGCCAAUGACAUGCUGUACACGUGGCGCUACGUGUCGGAAAGGGAGAGGAGGCGACGGCUGCUGGAAAGCUUGAGUGGCCCUGCACUGGAGCUCCUGGGCAGCCUCCUGGCAGAAAAUCCCGACAUGCCUGCUCAGGAUUGCCUGGCCGCGUUGGUACAGGUGUUUGGGGACAAGGACUCCUGCGUGACAGCCCGGCUCAAGUUCCUCACUUGUGCUCAGCGGCCUCAGGAGACUUUGUUUGCCUAUGUGAUGCGCCUUGAGGGCCUGCUGCAGUCGGCUGUGGAGAAGGGGGCCUUCCACCCUGUCGUCGCGGACCAGGUUCGCGCCAGGCAGGUGCUGAUGCGCGCCCGGCCGAACGAGCUGCUCCAAAACAAGCUGAGGAGGAUGCGACUGGAGAGGAGACCACCUGGCUUCCUGGGGAUGUUGCGGCUGAUUCGGGAGACUGAAGCAUGGGAGGCCAUCCCAGUUAGCGGUGAGCAGUUCCAACCGGAAGUAGGGGCCUGUGUGGAUAGUGGAGGGCUGGCUGCCGCCCAGGCUGCCCCUGCCUGUGAAGAGGUUGCUGAAGCCUCUGCAGCCAACAGAGGUGCUUUCCAGGCUGACCCGGCUCUUGGAGUCAUGACCGAGGGCACCCCUGUGGGUGCAGAUGAAACUGGGGCUCUCCCAGCCAACGAAGAUGCUUUCUGGGCUGCCCUGGUUCUUGAAGUCGUCACCGAGGGCACCCCUGCGGGUGCAGAUGAAACCGGAGAUCCCCCAGCUAACGAAGAUGCUUUCCGGGCUGACCUGGCUCUCCAAGUCGUCACCGAGGACACCCCUGUGGGUGCAGAUGAAACCAGGGAUCCCCCAGCCAACGAAGAUGCUUUGCGGGCUGACCCAACUCUCGAAGUCGUCACCGAGGGCACCCCUGCGGGUGCAGAUGAAACCGGGGCCUCCCCAGCCAACAAAGAUGCUUUCUGGGCUGCCCUGGUUCUUGAGGUCGUCACUGAGGGCACCCCUGCGGGUGCAGAUGAAACCGGGGAUCCCCCAGCCAACGAAGAUGCUUUCAGGGCUGACCCAGAUCUUGAGGUCGUCACUGAGGGCACCCCCGUGGGUGCAGAUGAAACUGGGGCCCCCCCAGCCAACGAAGAUGCUUUCCAGGCUGACCUGGCUCUUGAGGUCGUCACUGAGGGCACCCCCACGGGUGCAGAUGAAACUGGGGCCCCCCCAGCCAACGAAGAUGCUUUCCGGGCUGACCCAGCUCUUGAGGUUGUCACCGAGGUCACCCCUGUGGGUGCAGAUGAAACUGGGGCCCCCCCAGCCAACGACGAUGCUUUCCGGGCUGACCUGGCUCUUGAGGUCGUCACUGAGGGCACCCCUGCGGGUGCAGAUGAAGCCGGGGAUCCCCCAGCCAACGAAGAUGCUUUCCAGGCUGACCUGGCUCUUGAGGUUGUCACUGAGGGCACCCCUGCGGGUGCAGAUGAAACUGAGGCCCCCCCAGGCAAUGAAGAUAUUUUCUGGGCUGACCCGGCUCUUGAAGUCAUCACCGAGGGCACCCCCACGGGUGCAGAUGAAACUGGGGCCCCCCCAGCCAACGACGAUGCUUUCCGGGCUGACCUGGCUCUUGAGGUUGUCACCGAGGUCACCCCUGUGGGUGCAGAUGAAACCGGGGAUCCCCCAGCCAACAAAGAUGCUUUCCGGGCUGACCCGGCUCUUGAGGUCGUCACUGAGGGCACCCCCGCGGGUGCAGAUGAAACCGGGGAUCCCCCAGCCAACGAAGAUGCUUUCCGGGCUGACCCGGCUCUUGAGGUUGUCACCGAGGUCACCCCUGCGGGUGCAGAUGAAACCGGGGAUCCCCCAGCCAACAAAGAUGCUUUCCGGGCUGAUCCGGAUCUUGAGGUUGUCACCGAGGUCACCCCUGCGGUUGCAGAUGAAACCGGGGAUCCCCCAGCCAACAACGAUGCUUUCCGGGCUGAUUCGGCUCUUGAGGUCGUCACCGAGGGCAUCCCUGUGGGUGUAGGUCAAACCCAGGCUUCCCCAGCCAAUGAAGAUCCUGCUGAGCCUGUCCUAGCCAACAUGGAGGCCAGUGAGGCAGUUCCUGGCACUGUGGAAGCUGAUAGGGCUGCUCCUGAAGCCCAUGAUGCUGCCAGGGCUGCCCCUGCCCCCCAGGAGAGCUCCAAGUUCUUCUCUGCCACUCAGGAAGAUAAAAAUGCUCCCAUCUCUGUGAGUGUAGGUCAGGCAAGACCCUCAGAAGCCCCUGGGGGUCCCAUUCCUCCCCAGAUGGGCCGAGUUCCCAGGGCGGGCCCAAGAGGUCCUGGCUAUGAGCCAGAGGGCCUAGCCCAGGCCGGAGACCAGGAGGCCAGAGGGUCCCCUGAGGAGGGGUUGGAGCCUAUCCCAGAGGAGUCGGGAAAUGAGGAUGGAGCUUGGGACACGAUCCCCCCCAAGUCCUCCUCAGGCAAAUAGGCUCAGAAGGCCCAGGGCCCCCCUCUCCUCUCAGGCAGCAGAGCUCUGGAGGCAGGGGGAGGCCAUGCCGGGGCAGCAGCCUCACCCCGUGUUGGGGGGCAGGGCCGAGGGAGCAGCCCACUCAGCCCAAACAAAUUCCUUGGACCCCACCUCCCCAAGGCACCGUAGCCACCACCAUGAGCCCUUCCAAGUGACCAGGAUGACCACACUUGACACCACAUGGGGCGGGGAAAGGUGCCCCCUCGCAACCCAUGGCAGCACCAUACCUGGCCCCAGCCCCAGUCCCAAUCCAUGCCACCUCAGGCAGCCAGUCUGGGAAGCACCCCUGGGUGGCUGACCCUAGCCUAGGUGAGGGGCACCCGGAGCCAUCUGCCACCUACACUGGACUGGGAGAUGUUAGGGGCCGCCUCAAGGGUUUCAGCCUCUUGGGUCUCCCAAGAGGGAGACCCUCCUGUGCAUCCUCCAAGGCACCUCGCUCCAUGUUCUGGGAAACCCGCUUGUGUCUCUGUGGGGCCCUUAUGACCCACGUGUCACGUUACUCCCCCACCCCACUAGGUCUCGUUCCUGUGCAGAGCCUUGAGGUGUGCAGGAGCCCGCGGUGGGUGUCCUGGCCCACCGGGGCAGCCACCCCCCAGCCCGGGGACCUGCCGUGAGCCUCAGUGGCGACCGGGGCUCCGCUCGCUCUCUCCCAGUGUCGUGAGCUCCACCGCUGCUUUCUCGGUGUAGAUUUAAGCCGGCCGCUGCUUGUUCUCGUGGAGAUGUGUGUGUGUGCUUCUCUGAGCGGCUGUCCCCAGCCCCAUCUCCGAGAUCCCCAGCCCAGUUCCAGGAGACGGCCGGAAGGAUGCCAGGGCAUGGCUGCUGCUCGCCCCGUGACCUCGGGAAGGAGGAACCAACCAAGGACCGAGGUAGCCAGCAGGAGUCUCCACGGGAACCGUGCUCUGAUGUGCCACGUUGUUUCUUGUGACUCCGUGUCCCCGGCUUGGCCGAGUGUCCCCUGCUGCAUUUUCCACCUUCCUGGGACUGUCCUGUGCAGGCCUUAGGGUGGCACCAGGCCCCAGCAUGUCAGCCAGAAGGGAGGGUGCCCUGGGGUGAGGGGAUGUGGCCAGUUUCUAUCGUCCUGGCCAGAGGUUGAUGGUGGGGCCGCCAGGGAGCAGGAGGGCCACAGUGUUGGAGGAAGCAGAGACACCUCAUUUGGGACCCGGUGGGGGGGGGGCAUAACCUAUGGGCUCUAGUGGCUGUUAGAUGUUCCUUUCUCUGUUGUCAUUCCUUUUUUGAUGGUUUCAGUAAAUGUUUUCUUCAAUAAAGUUCAUUGCAUGUUU